AUGCGAAACAAAAGGGGUCAGGGUCUCAAUCUUUUCUGUGAAUUUCACAAAGACACAGGUCACUUAACUGACGAAUGCUUCAGCUUAAAGCAAGAAAUAGAAAGGGCCUUGAGAGAUGGAAAACUCACUCAAUUUUUAAAAGGUGGAAAGCGCGACUAUCACCAAAUUCAAAGAAGAGAAGAAGGGCCAGAUAACAAAAAACUCCGGAAACUAGAAACCCACAAGGUUCAAGGAGGUCCACGAAAGCCAAGGAAGAAUUACAACAAGCGCACACAAGACGACUCAUGGCGCGAGAGGCAAGUUGUUUUUCCUAUUGUAAGAGGAGGACCAAGAGAAAGAAGGCCCAUAGUAAUCUGUCACUACCAAACCGACCACAUUUUCAUUGAUCCAGGGAGCACAGCGGACAUCAUAUACGAACAAUGUUUCAAUCAAUUUGACCAAGAGGACAAGGCGCGCUUAGAACCAGUUGAUUACCCACUCACUGGUUUCUGCAAUGAAGCCGUUCUUCCUCUCGGACAAAUAUCGUUCCCGGUGUUACUCUCGGAUGGAAGAAACUCAAGAACCGAAGAAGUCACGUUUAUGGUGUUACCCGUGCACUCAAAACAUGAUAUCCUCCUAGGAAGAUAG